UUUACGGCCGUCGCGAGAGUGUCGUGAAUGCGCUGCCGCCCAUCCAGAGUCACCCAGGCGGCUGGAGGCGGAGGUCUUAAUUCAAGCGCCGUGGUUAUCGGGGUGUGCGGGUAAAUAGCCACGAAAAGCUGUAAAACCGGAUAAAGUCCCCUCUCCAAAUAAAAGAAAGCCGAAGUCCAUGAGUGGGCAUCGGUCAGCGAGGAAACGAUGCGGAGACUCGCACCUCGAGUCCCCCGGGGGCUUCGGGCACAUGAGUACUCCCGGGUGUAUUCUGAGCAAAUUGUUCCAGUUAACGACACCACCGUUGUCGAGACACCAGCUAAAGCGGCUGGAAGAGCACAGAUACCAGAGCGCUGGACGGUCCCUGCUUGAGCCCUUAAUGCAGCGGUACUGGGAGUGGCUCGUGGGCAGGGUUCCCUCCUGGAUCGCCCCAAACCUCAUCACCAUCGUCGGCCUGUCGGUGAACAUCUGCACGACUGUUCUCUUAGUCUUCUACUGCCCCACGGCCACAGAGCAGGCCCCUCUGUGGGCGUACGUGGCCUGCGCCUGCGGCCUCUUCAUCUACCAGUCUCUGGACGCCAUCGACGGGAAGCAGGCGAGAAGGACCAACAGCAGCUCUCCCCUGGGGGAGCUUUUCGACCACGGCUGCGAUUCCCUGUCCACAGUUUUCGUGGUUCUUGGGACUUGCAUUGCGGUCCAGCUGGGGACGAACCCGGACUGGAUGUUUUUCUGUUGUUUCGCCGGGACCUUCAUGUUCUACUGUGCGCACUGGCAAACGUACGUUUCCGGAACCCUGCGAUUCGGGAUAAUUGAUGUGACUGAAGUGCAAAUCUUCAUAAUAAUCAUGCAUUUGCUGGCAGUGAUUGGAGGACCACCUUUUUGGCAAUCGAUGAUUCCAGUGCUGAAUAUCCAAGUGAAAAUCUUCCCUGCACUGUGUACUGUAGCAGGGACCAUAUUUUCCUGCACGAAUUACUUCCGUGUAAUCUUCACGGGUGGAGUUGGGAAAAACGGCUCCACGAUCGCUGGAACCAGCGUUCUCUCGCCUUUCCUGCACAUCGGCUCCGUGAUCACGUUGGCCGUGAUGAUCUACAAGAAGUCGGCGGUCCAGCUCUUUGAGAAGCACCCCUGCCUUUACAUACUGACGUUUGGUUUUGUGUCUGCCAAGAUCACCAACAAGCUUGUGGUGGCACACAUGACCAAGAGCGAGAUGCACCUGCACGACACGGCGUUCAUAGGCCCGGCCCUGUUGUUCCUGGACCAGUACUUCAACAGCUUUAUUGAUGAGUACAUUGUGCUUUGGAUCGCCCUGGUCUUGUCUUUCUUCGACUUGAUCCGCUACUGCGUCAGCGUCUGCAAUCAGAUCGCGUCUCACCUACACAUACACGUCUUCAGAAUCAAGGCCUCUGCAGCCCAGUCUAACCAUCACUAGGGAUGUGAUCGGUGUUGUGCCGGAAACUCAUGCUUUCUGCAGGAAAGAAUCAAUGUGGGGAGGACAAGAACAAAUAUAAUUUAUAAUAAUCACUGUUGUAUGACUUUUAUUCUUUGUUAUUGGUAACACUCCUUAACGGUCCUUUGUGAGAGUGGGAAUUCCAAGUCCUGUCCUUGAAAUGUGCGUGUUGGUGAUGCAGGAUUUGGCCCGAGCAAGCACGCAGGAAAAGCCGCCUGCGUUUGCAGCUGUCCUGGACUCCGAGUAAAGUUGUCACGGGGGCAGAUCCCCAGCGGCGAUUUCUUACGUAGAACACAUGCAGGCCAGAAGACGGUUGCUUUGCCAUUUUAACAAAUCAUCUUUCGGCGACAUCUCUGUUUAGUGUCUUCUCAACCUUUCUUUACUAAGGAGCUCAGCUUAUGGCACAGACAUGUCCCACCAGCUGGCAAGGUGGACCUGGUGAUAAAGACCUUGGAUUUGGAUGGAACGGCUUCCCCUCUUCACGUUGUUGAGGAGGCCAUUUUUUUAUUGUUCAGGAAGCGGUGUCUCUCACGGGCUGGGGAACCCUGUCAGCAUGCGGAAUAAUGUGGUACCUUUGUCAAUCCAUUUUAUUUUUUUAAAUAAAUAUAUGAUCUGAAAGCCA